GACGCAGACGACGGUGGGUAGAGCGACGGCCCCGAGCCGGAAACACCGGGGUGAGAUGCACCCUUAUCGCUCUUAUCGCUAUCAAUCGGCUGUGGGGUUUCCAUCUGGGAGCACCGCAUUUCCACGAAGGCUGAUUCAACUAACAACAACUUCUGACUGUAUCCUAGAUUAACACGGACUUUUUAAUCCCGUCUAACGUUCUCUUCAACUUCGGGAUCUGGUAAAGGAUAGAAGAAGAAGAGAAUGGGAGGGGCAGAAUGGAGUGGUUGGUUGCAGCGAUGUCGAGAAUCACGAAGACUUGUCCUCGUGAUUGUUGCCAUUGCUUUAUUGCUCGACAACAUGCUUUUAACAACUGUCGUUCCAAUAAUUCCGGAAUUUCUCUACGACAUAAGACAUCCUAACUCAACCCUAAGUGAACAUCUCGAAGGAAAUUACAGAGCAGAAGUCAUAACAACGACUACAACUAUGACUACAUCAACCUCACCAAUUACACCUCCAACACCAAGAUGUUCUUGUCCCUGUAAUAAUACAUCCAAUAAUUCUCAAUUAGAAUUUCUUUCUGGUACCACAAUGUCUGCUGAACUGACAGAUUCAACUACGAUAAAUGCGACAAUGGCUGAAUUAGAACAAAAGGAACAAAGGCAUAAAGAAUUGUUAGAAGAAACGGUUGCUGUUGGGAUGAUGUUUGCAUCUAAAGCAUUUGUACAAUUACUUGCUAAUCCUGUUGUUGGACCACUUACUCACAGAAUAGGCUACAGUAUUCCUAUGUUUACUGGAUUCAUUAUUAUGUUCAUCUCAACGCUGAUAUUUGCUUUUGGUCGAAGUUAUGGUAUAUUGUUUAUGGCACGUGCACUUCAGGGUAUUGGUUCCUCGUGUUCCAGUGUUUCAGGUAUGGGGAUGUUGGCUGAAAGAUAUCAAGAUGAUAAAGAACGUGGUAAUGCAAUGGGUAUAGCUCUUGGUGGAUUAGCCCUUGGAGUAUUAAUUGGACCACCCUUUGGUGGAGUUAUGUACGAAUUUGUAGGAAAAUCUGCACCAUUUUUAGUACUUUCUGCAUUGGCUCUCGGUGAUGGACUAUUACAACUUUUGAUGCUUCAACCAUCCGUGGUGUAUACGGAAGCCGAGCCACCAUCUUUAAAAUCAUUAGUUACCGAUCCAUAUAUUAUUUUAGCUGCUGGUGCAAUAACAUUUGCAAAUAUGGGUAUUGCUAUGUUGGAACCAAGCUUACCUAUUUGGAUGAUGGAUACGAUGGGUGCUAGUCGUUGGAAGCAAGGAGCAACAUUUUUACCUGCGAGUAUUAGUUAUUUAAUUGGAACUAAUCUAUUUGGUCCUCUUGGUCACAGAAUGGGCAGGUGGUUAGCAUCACUAAUCGGCCUCGUUGUAAUUGGCCUCUGUUUAAUGUGUAUACCUCUAGCUACCAGUAUCAAUCAUUUAAUAAUUCCUAAUGCUGGAUUAGGAUUUGCAAUUGGCAUGGUAGACAGUUCUAUGAUGCCAGAAUUAGGAUACUUGGUAGAUAUUAGGCAUUCUGCUGUUUAUGGUAGUGUUUAUGCUAUUGGAGAUGUGGCAUUUUGUUUGGGCUUCGCUAUAGGACCUGCAUUAAGUGGAACGCUGGUUAAUACUAUAGGAUUUGAAUGGAUGCUCUUUGGAAUCGCUAUUUUGAAUUUCCUAUACGCUCCUUUAAUGUAUUUCCUCAGAGCACCACCGACAAAAGAGGAAAAGAAGUCGUUGAUAAUUGGCGAAAAAUCGUCCGUGCGCUACGUAACGUACCAGAACGAAGAGGAUGAUCAAUAAAUCAUGCAACACAAUUGGCAUAACUGUGACGCUUUAAACCACGAUAAUAACAGGAAAUGAUUAUAUCGAUAGUAAGAUAUAUGUAAAAAAAUAUGUUUUGUGAAAGAUAAUGAUGAAAUUUGUAUGUCGAAUCUGAAAAUCGCCAAAUAAGUUCGUUGAGGAUCAUCAAACAAACGUGUAUGUAAAUGGGAAGGAUAUUUUAUGGGGGCUUAUUGAGAACGUUUAAAAAAUUCUACUCGUGUAGAUAGAGUAGAAUAAUGUCUUGUUAAAAAGAUUUAAGAAAAAUCUUUUGUAAAAGUAGCAUCAAUCGAAUGGUAAUUUUCUGAGACAAAGAAGACACAAAUAAUAAUAAUAAUAAAUAAAAAGAAAUGAAAGUGAGAGAAGAAACCGACAUUUUAAUAAUAAUGUUUGAAAUAUUAAUAUUAAUAUACAUAGCUUAUAAUAUACAUAAAGUUACGAAGGGGUCAAAUCUGUAAUCUAAUGCAACGUUUGUUCUAAUUUAUGUAUGCCGCAUCUAUGUGUAUAUGUUGUAAUAUUAAUAUGGUAAUAUAUAAUGUAACGAAUAAAUAAAUGUAAU